GGGGUGGAACCACUUAGGUCAGCGUCAACGCGCUGCUUAACUAAUUUACGCGGUUGUACAUUUCGCUACGGAUAUUGUACGCUGACGAGUAACGCGCUCUCAUCUCAUCCCCAUUACUAUAAUAUAUCUGCACUCACUGCAGCGAGUGGUUGAACUCAAUUCUGUAAUUUCCGCUUCAUUCAUCUACAGCUAAAUUGACUAGAGAGAUAAUCAAAGAUGGCGACGUUGAGCGUUCCUCCAGUUUUGACUUCGCCUCGCGAUGAUGCUAUGCAACUCUACCGUGCUUUCAAGGGUUUUGGAUGCGACACUGCAGCAGUUAUUAAUAUUCUUGCUCACAGGAAUGCAAUGCAACGUGCUCUUAUCGAGCAAGAGUACAGAACUAUAUAUUCUGAAGAACUUACUAAACGUUUGGCUUCAGAACUUAGGGGUGAUAUUGAGCAGAGAGCAAUUUUGCUUUGGAUGCCUGAUCCAGCUGUACGUGAUGCAACAGUAGUAAGGAAAGCUUUGAGUGGUGAUGUCAUUGACCUGAAAGCUGCUACUGAAGUCAUUUGUUCGCGUACUUCAACUCAAAUUCAACAUUUUAAGCAAAUCUACCAUCAAAGGUUUCAUGCUUAUCUUGAGCAUGAUAUUGAAUACCAAGCAACUGGUGAUCUCAAAAAGUUGCUACUGGCAUACGCUAGUUCUCCUCGGUAUGAAGGUCCGGAGGUGGACAGGGCAAUAGCAGAGCAUGAUGCUAAGUCUCUCUUUAAAGCUGGGGAGAAGAAGCUUGGAACUGAUGAAGACACUUUCAUACGCAUUUUCGCUGAGCGAAGCCGGGCACAACUGGCUGCUGUUUCUUCUGCUUACCAUAGCAUGUAUGGGAGCUCACUUAAAAAGGCCGUAAAAAGUGAAACAUCUGGGAACUUUGAGCUUGGUCUCUUAACUAUAUUACAGUGUGCUGAAAACCCUGGGAAGUAUUUUGCAAAGAUGCUGCACAAGGCAAUGAAGGGUAUGGGAACCGAUGACUCAACCCUUACCAGAGUGAUAGUGACGAGAGCAGAGAUUGAUCUGCAGUAUAUAAAAGCCGAGUACCAAAAGAAAUAUGGGAAGUCGCUCAACGAUGCAGUGCAAUCAGAAACAUCAAGCCAUUACAGAGCAUUCCUUCUGUCUCUUUUAGGCGCCACACCCCGCUAGACAGAGGUGAGUGUAAUAAUAAACCCUUUUCUUGAUCUCGUGGUUCACCAUUUGUACAGCUUAUGGGGAUGGCCAAGAUAAAGAAUUUCGUGGAAGGGUCGCCCUGCAAAUAAAGUUCCAUGAGUUGAGAGAAGAGGCUUGUUCUGUGUGUUCUUCAGUUGUCUGCUUUUGUUUGUACAUCGUUAUUUCCACGUCAAAGUUAGCAGCGUGGAAUGUUUGCUAGAUUGGUCAUAUCUUGUCGUAUUGUCUAAUUUAGUACCAAUUGUCUUUGUAGCUAUCUUAAGCUGUAUAUUGCACUAUGAUUUACCCCUUUUCAGCUUUCUAUAUUAAAGAUCUAAUGAUAAGGCUUUGAUUGUAA